AUGUUUAAGUUUACUGCCAAAGUAAGUUGAUCCGCAAGAACUUUCUUUACAAAAAUUCAAAAAAUGAUAAAGUUAUCAAUAAUUGUCAUAUCAUUAAUAUUUCUUUAAAUAAUGCCAUUUUACAACGAUCAAAGCUCCUUUUUAAGUUUUAAAAAGUAAACCAUUAGAUUGGCAAGAACUUUGUUUCCAAAAACGUGCAUUUUCAGCUGUUUACAACAAUAAAUGUCAUACAAACAAGGUCGGCUAUCUUAUCUAUAAUUAUAUUGAUAAAAGAACAAAAACCUUUAAAGUUAUGUUAAUUUAGCUCCACAUUACUGCAUUUCAUUCUUUAAGCCUUAUUAUUCUAGCGUAUUUUACUUUUUUAAAGUUUAUAUAGUGUUUAAUGUCAAAAAUUGAGACUAUGACAUUUUUAAUAAAACAAAAUAUUAAAAUACAAUUAAAACUUACCUAUUUUUCCAUUUUAAUUUUGUAAACAACUUUUUGUCGAUUUUUGUCGAAAAAAUUAUUUUAUUUCCAGUUGUGACGAAAUGUCACAAAAUUAUUGGAAAUUGUAAAGAAGUGUCAAAAUACUAUUGGAAAAUGUUACAAUUGCCUAGAAAUUCUAAAAAAAAUGUUUAAAAGCGUAAAUUUCAAAAUUUAAGCUCAAUGUCUUUUAGAGAAUGUCACAAUUGUCGCGUUUCGUAAGUGUAGAUGAAGUAGAAAGACAUGCAGUAAAGGUGCUACCACAGUCAGUACGAGAUUACUACCAAAGUGGUGCUGAUAAUGAACAGACACUGGCUCGAAACUCAAGAAUGUUUGCCAAGUAAGUUAGAAAAUGACAUUUAAAUUUAUUUUGAUUUGUACUAUUUGUUUGUACAAUUGUUUAUUAUAGUAGGGUCAAAAAGGGUGGAUGAGAGAAAAAAGGGGUGUCUUCUCCCCUCCUUAUAAGCUCUACCUUAAAUCCUUUCUUGUGCAGUAAUACUAUGGUUUUAAUGAUACUGUGGAAAAUAUAAACCUGCUUCCUAGUCUUUGUAAACAAAGUUUCUUACAUUCCAGAUACCUCAUCCGACCAGUCGCCCUAAGAGACGUCUCCCAACUAGAUACCACAACUAAAAUAGUAUUAAAAGGCAUGUCCGGAGCCCUAAAAUACGAACAUACCUUCGAUUUCCCAAUAGCUAUAGCUCCAACCGCAUUUCAAAGAAUGGCACAUUCUGAAGGCGAAUCGGCGACGGCUACAGCAGCAGGCCAGACUAACACUCUGAUGGUGAACAGCACGAUAUCUACUACAAGGUUGGAGGACGUGGCCAAAGCUGGAAAAGAGUAUGAUACUCAACUGUUCUUUCAGUUAUAUGUGUACAAAGAUCGUGCUGUGACUGAGAGUUUAGUACGACGUGCUGAAGAGGCUGGCUUUAAGGCUUUGGUACUCACGGUGGAUGCUCCAACGUUCGGAAGGCGACGUGCUGAUGAGAGGAAUGGAUUUGAACUGCCAAAGCAUUUGGAGUGAGGUUUUUUAGAGGUUUUGUUACCUAAUUUUAGAUUUUUUAGCUUAAAAUUUUUUUCUAAUUUUAAAUUUGCUAUAUUUGACUACCUAAUACCUACUACAAUAUCAACCAAUAUCUUGCAGAAUGGCCAACUUUGCUGAUUUUAUUCACUCCAAAACCAAGAGUGGAGAAGCUGGUGCUUCUGGUCUAGCUGCUUAUACCAACUCUUUAUUCGACCAGUCGUUAAAUUGGGAAGACUUGGCUUGGCUGGUUAAAAACAGCCGGCUGCCUAUAAUUGUCAAAGGUGUCAUGAGAGCUGACGAUGCCCAGAAAGCGAUUGAGUACGGUGCUUCUGCUAUUAUUGUCUCGAAUCAUGGUGGACGACAGUUGGAUCAUGCUCCUGCUACGGUAAGGGGUUUGGGUUACUGUGAUUUUGGUUACUAUAGUGAUACUGAAUUUUUACUGUAUUCUUUAUUAGUAUACUUUUGCUUACUGUAGCUUUUAGUUUCUGCGUCUUUUUACUUUUUGAUUACUGUAGGUUUUCGUCACGGUAUUUUAGAUAGAAGCCCUGCCAGAAGUAGUGAAAGCCGUGAACCGACAAGUGCCAGUCUUUAUCGAUGGUGGCUUCAGAUGUGGAACUGAUGUGUUUAAAGCUCUUGCCUUAGGCGCGGACCUGUGCUUUGUCGGCCGGCCAAUCAUUCAUGGUCUAGCUGUUGGGGUAAGGUAUCAUCUUGCUUGUAUUAGGUUGUUUAAAUAAUUAUGUGCUCCUACUGGAAUCAGGUUUUUGAAGUUGGAGGGCACAGAGUUAUUUGAACAACCUAAUAUGAAAUUUUUGCCAUUUUAAAAUUUUUUUAACUUUAGGGUGUAGAUGGAGUAAAGCACGUGCUGAACAUAUUAAGGACUGAGUUCAAGUACGCCCUGUUGCUAUCUGGCUGUCCAUCAAUCAAAGCCAUCAGAGAGACCAAGGAUAUUGUUGUACAUGAAAAUUAUUACGCCAAGUUGUAA